AUGCGAGGACGGAGAUUGGGAAUAUCCGUUUUCAUGGGGAACCACUUCUCGAUUCGUCAUGACUACCGCUUUGUGAGUUGUUCAAUUCAAAAGAAACUAAUGUAUUGUUUGUGUUAAGCCCCCUCGGUAGCCUGGAAUUCUUGCGAAUUUGGAUCGACGAUGCCGGUCUGGACCAUCGGGAAUCCUGGUAUUGCAAUCGGAUUGUGGUGAAGAUCUGCAGACACAGGAGAUCUACUACUUCCCGUUCUACAACUGGCUCGGGACUAAGAACGGGGACGGAGAAACGGAGAGACUGUCUCGUGUGGAUGACAAGAGAAGACUGCUGGAUGAGUCGAUGAGCAUGCAUAUGUUGGGACAGACCAUCUCCUGGUUCGGAAUGUUCACCGGUGGAGGCAAUCGGCUGAGGGACCGGGUCACUCGGAUGGACUAUGUUGUCAGUGUUAUCUUCGCCAUUUCCAUGGUGGCCGUCAUCAACGCGAUCGUGCUCAAGAACGACAACACGAUCAUCAAGUCGUCCGCCAGUUUCUCCGAGUUCACUUUUACUCUCAAGGACAUAAUUUUCGGAAUCGUUUAUGGUCUCGUCAUCACAAUCUUCGCCACUUUCCACGUUCUUCUCUGCUGCAAGUGUCGAUCACAAAGCGAAGAGUUCUAUAUGCGAAAACGAAGAAAUGAAGAGCCCGGAUUCAAGGAUCCGAGCGGAUCGUGGCCGUACAUCAUCGCCGGCAUUUCGAGAGCAGCACUCCCGUUCCCUAUUCUCAUGGCAUUGAUCUACAUCGCGGCCGAAGGAAUGAGUCUGAUGGACGACUUCGCCAACUCGUUCUACAUGAGAUUCCUCAUGAGUCUUUUGAUUUGGACGGUCGCGUUUGAGCCGUUGAAAGGAAUGAUUUGGGCGUUUAUUCUUCUGAAAAAGAGCAAAAGUCACAAGAUAACGAACAAAUUGGAAGAAGCUUUUUUGAAAGUGAAACCAGCUGAAACUUUUAUGAGUAAGGAACGGAGACUUGGAUGACUCAAAACUACUGUUUACAGGGAACCCGUACGGAAAGAUUGAGAAAGAGCUUGGAACGGAAAUAGCCGACGUCACGAAGCUGAGAGACACGGAGAACAGAAAGAUGAGGGACGAGCAGUUGUUCGUCACAAUCCGCGACAUGAUCUGUUUCUUCGCCUCCCUUUACAUCAUGGUCAUGCUCACUUAUUACUGCAAAGACAGACAAGCAUUCUACUAUCAGCAAGAGGUAAAUGCUCUUUUCUAGAGCUCUCCAAACGGUUUUUCGCUUCCAGAUAAGCACAAUCUUGAACAUCAGCCAAACAUCUUACGGUGACAGCUCGUUCAUGUCAAUUCGAACUUCCGACGAUUUCUGGAACUGGUCGCGAGAUUCAUUGGCAACGGGUGAGCCAAGCAUUUGCAUUUCAUUUUCACUCUCGACACGUACAUCUUCAGCACUACUCGCUUCUUGGUAUGACGGAAAUCCAGCGUAUGAUAUGAGAGCAUUCUUCAACGACAAAGUAUCCAGAAGCAUGGGAAUAGGGACGAUACGUCAAGUGAGAACGAAGAAAAGUGCCCAGUGUGGAAUCAUAAAGCAGUUCCAACCGUUCAUUGACGACUGCCAAGAGGAAUUGACCAGCGAGUGAGUACCCUUUUGACCUCCUAUCCUACAUGUCAUCUUUUCUUAAGAAAUGAGGAAACGACUUUGUACAUGCAAAGCGGAUGGAGCGCCCUUGAAAGUGAUAACGGAACGGAUGCCGCCGACGAGUACACGUACAAAACGGAGGACGAUUUGAAGACAGGCACUGUUUCUGGAUACCUGAGCAGUUACGGAGGGGGCGGUUACACCGUGAGUCUCUCGGGCACUGUCUCCAGUAUGCAGACGCUUUUCACCCAAUUGGAAGACGAACGAUGGAUCGACGAGUACACUCGGGCCGUCAUUAUCGAGUUCUCCGCUUAUAACGCCCAAGUCAACUACUUCUCAGUGGUCCAGCUGUUAGUGGAAAUUCCGAAAUCAGGAAUAUAUCUACCUAAUUCGUGGGUGGAGUCUGUCAGACUGAUAAAGUCGGAGGGAUCCGAUGGAGACGUGGUCAAGUACUACGAGAUGAUCUACAUUGUGUUCUCUGUUCUCAUUUUUACAAAGGAAAUACUCUACUACUUGUACGGACGGUACAAAGUCAUCUCGACCAUGAAAAAAACUAUGAAUCCGUUCAGAAUUGUGUACCGACUUAUCUUGGGGUGAGACUUUUAAUAUUUUCUAAUCCGACAAGUCCUUAUUCAGUCACUUCACUCCGUGGGACUUCAUGGAUUUGAUCGUCGGAGCACUGGCAAUAGCUUCCGUCAUCGCGUAUAUUCUUCGACAGACCUACACGAAUCAAGCGAUGGACGAGUUCAAUGCGAACAACGGAAACUCUUACAUCAACUUGACAAAGCAGAGGAACAUGGAACUGGCGUUCAAUUACUGUCUUGCUGGCGCCGUAUUCUUCACCGCCUGCAAAAUGAUCCGUAUUCUCAAGUUCAACAGAAGGAUCGGAGUGCUGGCCGCUACUCUGGACAGUGCUCUCGGAGCGAUCGUCGCUUUCGGAGUCGCGUUUGUUCUCUUCUGCAUGGCAUUCAACUCUGUUCUUUACGUCGUCCUUGGAAACAAGAUGGGAGGGUGAGAAUGAGUCAUUGAAUUCAUUUAGGUGUUAAGAUCUACGACCACCUCUGUGCCUUCAGAUAUCGUAGCUCGAUUGCUGCAUUUGAGACCUCGCUGGCCGGAAUGCUCGGAAAGCUGGACGUUACUUCCAUCCAACCCAUUUCUCAAUUUGGUAUCCAAUCUAACCAUGUCCGCCCGAUUGCAAAUUGUCUCAUUCAGCGUUCGUCUUCACAAUGAUCUAUAUGAUUGUCGGCUCGAAACUCGUGCUCCAACUGUACGUCACCAUCAUCAUGUACGAGUUUGAAGAGAUCCGAAACGACAGUGAGAAGCAGACGAAUGACUAUGAGAUCCUCGAUCACAUCAAGUACAAGGUAAAGAAAAGAAAAUGCUCAAAAUCGCUCACUUCCUGUUUCCAGACGAAACGACGUCUGGGACUUUUGGAGCCGAAGGACUUCAGCCCGGUCUCGAUCGCCGACACUCAGAAGGACUUUCGUCUUUUCCACAGCGCCGUCGCCAAAGUGAAUCUUCUUCAUCACAGAGCCACGAGGUUGCUCCAAACGCAAGGACAAUACAGGAACGACGCGGUCAUCAACUACACUCUGUUCUACGAUCCAGUUGCCGCAAUCGACAGAAAAGGACGGAAGAGGUUCGAAAAAUGGAGACUGAACGACGUGGAAAAAAGUGAAAUGUUUGCGAUAGAGAAUGAAAAUGAGAAUGAAGAGAUUUUGUGUUAA